CCUCUUUGUCCACGACAAAAGAGGAAGCUUCCACAUUUCUCGGAGCAAGGCGAGCGACUUGAGGUCGACGAUCCACCUUAAUAUAUCUGCCAUAUUCCUCUUGACUCUCGGUUUUGUGAGGGCUGUGGUUGUUAUUUGUGUAAGUUUAACCGCUGUUUAAGCUGGUUUUGUGGCAUGUUUUCGUCAUUGGUAUGGCGCAGUGAUGACAGUGGAGCUGAAGCUGCAGGCCGUCAGGCCUAGCUGAGAAGCGAGCUAACGUUAGCGUACUUUCAUAUUUUCCUCAACUUUAAGAACCUCCUCGGGCUUUUUAGAGUGUGAAACUGUUCUCGGAUUGUUUUAUUGUCGUCUUGUUCUGACAUGUGUUGCUAUGGCGUGCAUUUACUUUUCCAUCUUGUUCUGCGGGCUUUCUUCCGUACAGCUUUGACUUUAUGGCGGAUAGCCAACAUAUGGAGAUGCAACAUUAUCUGGUUUCGUGUGUUGGUAUUGGUUGAUGAGUGCGGUGCAUUUUUUUCACACUACAUGGUGAAAUGUGCCAUUCUCAAGAUUUCCUGUAACCAUGAAGUGGCCGCAUUCGUCCAUCCGCACGGUACAAACCGACGGUGCACAUUGUUAGAUGAACGAUGACGCGGUGGCUCGCUAACUGUAGCUUCUGUGUUGAUGUGGCUUUUCUAAUAUCCGGGUUUUGAACCAUAAACCUGAAUCUUUCAUAUUUGCAACUUUAUAGAAUAACAAUUUUCAGACGAAGCACCUGCUCUUCUGAAUAAAAUCGAUGCAACUUGCUUUAAUUUGAUACACGCACAAUGGCUCAGUUAGUAGCGAGAUUCAUAAAACCUUUCGUUAUCAAUAUGUCUACACUUAAGAUGAGUUGGAUCUGAUGCGAACUUUGGUACAAGGAAUAUUUUGGGAAUCCAGCAAAGUUUCUUUUUGGUGAAUGAAGAACUUUGAUACCACUGGUGAUAAAUCUAAAGCAACGUAAUGGAGGAGCCUGGAAAAUGGAUAGAUUAUUCUUUUAUUGACUUGAAAGAAAUCUCUGGUAAAUGAAAUUGGAAACGGAGGGAGCGGAAUGUACACCAUGGAAAUAAUACCAGAAAUGACAACUGCAAAACUUACUACUACCUGCUUAUGAACCAGCAAUUAUCUGAUUAAAGAAGAAUUGGAUGACUGAGUUAUUUAGCCUCUGGCAUGGGAUAUUUCUUGAUAAGCUAUGCAAUAAUGUAACUUAUUGGAGAUCCACUAAGUUGAAUAAACAUGCACCAAUUAAUUAUUCGACUACUGCUAGAAUUGGCAUGUCUCAGAUGGAUGCGAAUUCUUAUUUUUAGUAACUUCAACUUUGUUUAAAAUUACUCAGUUGAAUUUUUGUUUUCCAUUGUCCUAAUUUUUUUUCCACCAAUAUGUGGUCUAUCAGUUUUUUUUGUGUGUGUGGCACAGUUUCACUUGAUCUCUUUCAAGCUAUCCAUAAAUUAUAGAGGUUUAAUGAUCAUGAAAUUUGUCAUUUAGCUAAAUGGCAACUUUGUGUGCUACAUGUAAAUGUGAAUCAAACGGACAUUUUAGAUGGUUAAUCUCACCACAAUAUGUUGUUGAUCCAGUAAUUUAAUGAGUUAUCAAUUUAAUUUUGAGCUGAACUUAACUUUCAAUUAGUUUACUUGGGUCUCACAAGGGGAAUUGGUAAAGAUCCACUUGCAACCUGGUGUAGUUUAAUCGGUCAAUAAAUGCCUUAUAAUUCUGCGUCGUCUUACAGUAAGGACCACAAAAUUUGUUAAAGCACUUGUGCUUAAUUUUCUCUCUUAAUUGUAAAUUUUGUCCAUGUUUAUAUCUGAGGCAGUAUUAAAAAUUAUUUUAUGAGUGAGAUUAUCAGCUUUUUAAUAAAGCAUGCAUAAUAUUUUCUGGAUGCUAUGUGCAUUUUGUGUGAAAGAACCAGGAUGCCUUAGACACCCUGUGUUUAUGCCGAUUUAGAUCCUGAACAUAAAAGCCUGACAUAAUGACCUUCCUAAUCACUGUAAUAGCACGUGUUCUCUCUGAAUGGACGUUUUUUGUUGUGUCAAACCUGCUGAGACAAAGAGAGCCUGGCCUGUUGAACAUGCAUUGUACUACACCUCUCUGGGAAAAUAACAGUGGCGAUCUGUGAGGUGAGAGCUCACAUGGAACCUGUAAAGAAAAUGUCUCUGCAGUCUGUGAAAUAAAGUGGCGUUGUUUGUGCUUCAUCAUGGCGGUCGUCAUCCGUUUACAGGGACUGAGUGUCACGGCAGGUUCUGCGGAUAUUCGCAGGUUCUUCACGGGCCUUCAUAUUCCAGAUGGAGGUGUGCAUAUAAUUGGUGGAGAACUAGAUGAAGCUUUCAUUAUCUUUGCUUCAGAUGAAGAUGCCAGAAGAGCCAUGGCACGGUCAGGGGGAUUCAUAAAUGGGUCACCUGUAAGAUUGCUACUGAGCAGCAAGCAAGAGAUGCAGAAUGUACUUGAAAGAACAACGCAAAAGGUGGAGCUGGAUGAGAUUAGGCAGUCUGAGGGGAAUGGAAGAACCACUCAAAGAUCCAUGGACCGUGAGGUGGGCAGAAGAUCAAGUAGCCGAUCUGGUUAUAGCCCACCUCCCCAUCAUCAACGACCGGCAGACACCGAUGACCCCUAUGUUGUGUUUCUCAACGGUUUGCCUUUCUCUGUGACUGAAAGAGAAAUACGUGAAUUUUUUCAUGGUUUACUCAUUGAUGAAAUUGUUGUGUGUAAGAAAGAUACAGGGCAAAACAAUGGAAAAGGCUUUGCCAGAUUUGCAACAAAGGAGGAUGCCUUGGAAGCCUUAAAGAGAGAUGGGAAAUAUAUUGGGUCAAGGUAUAUCGAUGUUCGCACAACAACAGCCGACUAUUGGAUACGAGCUGGUGGUAGCAUGCCAGCAGCUGUCAAGACGAUUGAGAACUUUGAAAGGGGAAGAGCACCUGUUCGCAGUCAGAGAAACCCACAGUAUGAAGCAAGGUCUCGAUCACCUCUGCCACAGAGACCUGUUGCUCCUACAGAUGAAGAAUACUGUGUGCUGUUGGACAAUCUUUCUUUUGCAGUGGAAAAAGGUGACUUGAAGCACUUUUUUCAGAACUCAAAGCUUGAGAAUGACCAGAUUCUGUUUCUAACUGAUGAUUAUGGCAGAAGAACCAGGUCGGCCUUUGUACUCUUUAAGAACAUACGUGACUAUUGUGAUGCUAUAAGUCAGGAGAAAAGACAUUUCCUCAACCGAUGGAUUCAUAUCCGACCUGUCUCAAGAGAGAACAUGCUCAGGCUUCUGGAAUCUCAGAAUGACCCUACUGGGCCUCCAGGAAACUCUGAAAGGCAUGAGGAAAGACCCUCGUCUUUCUCAACAGAUCCUUAUGACUCUGAGAAAAUCUGUGCGUUUGUGAGAAAUCUCCCAUUUGAUGUGAGAAAGGUUGAGAUAAUUGACUUUUUUCAUGGGUUUAAUGUCACCGAGGACAGGGUACGGGUUCUGCAUGAUCAUAAAGGUAAUGGGGUUGGACAGGCUCUGGUUCUCUUUGGGUCUGAGGCAGAGGCCAUGGAAGCACUUUCUCUCAAUGGACGGCGGUUUCUGGGGUCUGAAGUUGGAGUGAAGUGUGUUACACGUGCUCAGAUGGAUCAGUUGACUGCUGAGCCACCAUCAAAUCAAGAUGUCUUGCCAAAAGAGGGGCAGUUCUCAGGCAGGAACAAUGAGCCUUUCUGUGGACCUAGUUGUGAUACUUCAUUUUUUGAUACAAAGAAACCCAGGGAUGGUAAUUUGCCUAUUAAAGAGGAACGCAUCCAUGGAGGUCAAGACUAUGGAUAUCGUGGGGUAAGACCUCGUUCUCCGCGGGAUAGGGGCAGUGGAGGACAUGGGAGGUUUGGUCCACCUGGUCAACGCUACGAUGGUCCCACCUGUGUGCAGUUGAUUAACUUGCCAUUCCAAAUUAGAAGUGAGGAAGUCUAUGAUUUCUGUUAUGGAUAUCGCAUCAUACCUGGAUCUGUCUCACUUCAGUAUGAGCCCAGCGGAAAACCAAAAGGCUCUGCCACUUUGGUGUUCGAGUCUCGUCAGGAAGCGUUGACUGCAAUUGAGGAACUGAACGGGAGGCCGAUUGGUCCAAGAAAAAUACAGCUUUUACUUGUUUGAAAUACAUUUGUGGGUUCACAUUUAAGACAAAGUAACAGGCAAAACUUUUAGUUUAUUUGGAAAGCUGGCAAUGUGGUAUAUAGCUCUUGUAUGAUUUUUUUUUUUUUUCUUAAGUGCAUUUUUAUGUUUACAAGAAGGUAUUGAGUUUAUUUUGGGUUUUCUAUUCAACGGUUGGUGUUUUUUGUUUUCAAAAAGUACUUUAGUAAGUUUUGGAACAUAAUUUAUAACCUGUACAUGUCAUACAUUGUUUUUAAAAUUAAAAACAAUUGAUUCGGUUGUUUUGUCAUUUUCUUCCAAAUCUGUUUCUUUGAAGUUAAAAAUCUAAAUAAAUGUUACUAAUUUAAGAUUGCUUUUGUCUAGUGUGCUUGUGGACCAAUUAGAUCAAGUUAGGAUACCUAUUUUGAUGAUAGUUGAAUGUGGGCCUUGUCUUCUGCAGUCUCCUUUACAUCACUUUAAUGUAUCCUUUUGGAUAAGGAGUUCUAAGACACUUAUUUCUGGCCAAUUUAGUCUAAAACUGCCUGAGUUGAGUAAAUGUAUUGCACAAGUGCAUUUUUCUCAAGGUAAAAUAAAGCAUGGAUAAAUAAUAAAACUGA